AUGGAAGCGCGGGCUGAAGCUUCAUCGUCGCGCAAGCGUAAGCGCAUUGAUGGAAACUCAUCCGACAUACGCAUGACGGACGCUGCGGGAGAACACGAUGGAGAAUUCUGGUUUGAUGACGGAAACAUUAUCCUCUCGUCCCAAGGAAUCGGCUUCCGCGUGUAUCGAGGCUUGCUCGCGCAGCAGUCCGAUGUAUUCCAGAGCGUCUUCACGCUUCCCCAGCCGGCAGACUCUGAGCAUGUGUACGACUGCCCAGUUGUUCAACUCUCAGAUCACCCCCAGGAGCUCCGCCAUCUGUUACGUGUGCUGCUGUAUGGGUGGAAAUAUUUGGAUCCUACUCGUCCAAUCGCCUUCGAUGCGAUCGCCUCACUCAUCCGUCUAUCCCACAAGUACGAGAUACAAGAUGUUCUAAACGACGCCUUGUGGUAUUUGAGAUCUUACUACACCGAUAGCUUCUCUCUCUUCGGUAACAAGGCACAGAACAUCGCUCUUCAGACUAUGACCGUAAAGUAG